AUGAAAAAAUCUAAAGAUGUUUCAUUUAAAAUUUUAACAAAUGGAGGAGACAAUUUUGAAAGAGUUUAUGUAAUGUUUGAUUGUUCUCAAGAAGGUAUAGAACAAUAUAUAAAUGUACAAAUGAUUUAUGAUUAUAUUGUUGAGUAUAUAGCUACUUCUGGAGAUUGUUCAAAAAUGGCGUCUUUUAUUUCCUUAAACUAUAAUUUAAUUUACCCAUCACCUAAAAUAAGCGAGAGAGCAACAAAUGUUCAAAUUAAACAAUUUGGGAAUUCAACAACUACAACAUAUGAAAUUGCCAAUAUUCACAAUCCAAAAGUUAGAUUCUCCUUUUGCCAUAAAUACUUUUAUGUUGACAUCAAAAAGAUGGAGUAG